GGAAGUGAUGUCACGUGUUGUGAAUUGAGAGGGAGUUUGUAUGCGUGAGUGGUCGUGAAACAGUCUCCACACAAGCUACAAUAAGCCACAUAACUGAGAUUUUAUGAGACCAGAGACCAGUGUUUAAUUUGACGAACAUGCCUGAAAUCAAACUUAAGCAUAUCGUGUCUUGCAGCAGUGAGGACAAUACUCACAAGGCAGACAACCUCUUGAGCUCUGACACGUACAGAAAAUGGAAAGCUGCAAGACCUGGAGAGAAGCAAGUUUCAGUCAUUCUUCAAUUGGAAAAGGAAGAGCAAAUUCACAGCAUAGACAUUGGAAAUGAAGGCUCUGCUUUCAUUGAGGUCCUUGUUGGACACUCCACGUCAGUCAAAGAUCAAGACUUUGAGGUUCUGUUGGUCACGUCAUCCUUCAUGUCACCCACAGAGAGCCGUAACGGCUCAAACACGAACCGAGUGCGCUUCUUCGGACCCAACCAGCUGGUGAAGGCCACGGCGCAGGAGAAGUGGGACUGCGUGAAGGUUGUGUGCAGUCAGCCUUACAGCAAGUCGAUAGCAUAUGGAAUCACCUUUAUAAAGCUGCAUUCUCCUCCAGACGGUAAUGAUGUUCCCAUCACGACUCCACCGAAACUAACUAAACUGGGUCAGUUCCGUGUUAAAGACGAAUCCCCUUCUUCUGGUUCAAAUAUCCAGCCGGGAAGUCUGUUCUUUAGCAGAGAGAGCACUGGUAAAUCCAGCACAGGACUGAAAGUGUCUCCUCAGAAUGACAGGUUGAGUUACGCCACUGCUGCUCUGAAAUCCGACGGUUCGUCCACACAGUCGUCUUCCAGCACACAACAGACUCCUGUGAAGAGGAAGUUCGAGUUCAGUAAAGAGCGUCUGGAAGCCACCGGUCCACCGCCCAAAAAGCCCAGUUCAUCUGCCUCUUCUGAACCAAACUCUACCACUCCAAAAUCUAAAGCAAGAACUAGUGCAACUGCAAGUCCCAUCACCACCGGCCAAAAGACACCAGACAAGAGGGAGAGUCCUAAAUCCAAGCCAGAGCCCAAGCCAAAACCCAAACCUAAGCCCAAGUCAGCAGAACCGGUUGCUUUCAACCGCAUCAUGGAGGGAGUCGUCUUUGUCCUGAGUGGCUUCCAGAACCCCUUCCGCGGAGAGCUGCGGGACAAAGCCCUGGCUAUGGGAGGCCGAUACAAACCCGACUGGACUUCAGACUCCACACACCUCAUCUGUGCGUUUGCCAACACACCCAAGUACAGUCAGGUGAAAGCAGCUGGAGGCAUUAUCAUCAGGAAAGAGUGGGUGAUGGACUGUCACAAAACAAAGCAGAAGCUUUCCUUCAAACGGUAUCUCAUGGAUGGAGCCGAGUCCAGUUCAGAGAGUGAAGCAGAACAGGAUGAGAGUGAGGAGGAAACGCAGAAAACGAAAACACCAGAAAAGAGGCAUGUGACCCCCAAAAAGCAGCCGAUUAAGGAAGAAGAAGACUAUGGUGGCUCAACGGAUGCGGAAGGCCCAGAGGAUGACGUGUCUGGCAUGGACACUGAAGAUGAGCUGAACAGGGUGGAGAUGGAGAGCAGGAAGAAAAAAGCAGCAAAGGAGAGCCCAGGAAAGGUGAAGGAUGAAGAUCCGUACGGCGGCUCUACAGAUGAGAACACGGAUGCGGAGGAAGAGGAGGAUAAACCCAUCCCUGAGCUGCCAGACUUCCUAAAAGGGAAGCGCUUCUAUCUCUACGGCAAGUUCCCUGACAACCAGAAAAGGCAACUUCAGCGCUACAUCAUCGCCUUUAACGGAGCUGUUGAAGACUAUAUGAGCGAGAAGGUCCAGUUUGUCAUCACCAGCGAGGGAUGGGACGAAUCUUUUGAGGAUGCCUUGAUGGAAAAUGGAAGUCUGAGCUUUGUGAAGCCGUCCUGGAUUUUCGCCAUCAAUGACAGGCAGAAGAUGUUACCGUACCAGCCCUACACUGUAGUCCCUUAAGAGAUUUUUAAUCGGUGUCCUGCUCUUUGAGAGCAUGUCCAUCAAUCCCAGGCUUGACCUGAGUAGACCUUGGUUGUCUUGGGGAAAUAAAUGAAAAGUUUGUCAUCGUUUACUCACCCUCAUGUCGUUCCAAACCUAUAUGACUUUCUCUCGAUCACUGUUCAUCUUUUUUGUUUCGCAAAGAGACAUUCUUUUAAACAUCUUUUCUGUUCCAUGCAAGAAAGUCAUACAGGUUUGGAAGGACCUAUGAAUGAGUAAAUUAUGUAUCAUUUUUGGGGAUGAACUUUAAUGGGCUCUAUCUGUCACAGGUCUUUGUUUUGAUGUUGAAAAAGCGGACUAAUGGCAGAUACCAACCCGCCAACCCGGAGAUGAAAGACUCUGAUCCAUAUUCAUGAUCCGUUUUACCAGCCAUCCGAAAGCUGUUUAUUAGGUGUUAAAUUUUAAUUACUAAAGACUGAACCUGAAGUCCCUUUUGAAUCUGACUUAUGCAGAUUUAUACUCAUUUAAUAUGAAUGUUCACAUUUAUGGUCAAUUAUUGAUUAUCUGAUCCAUAUUCAUAUUUGUUGCCCUCAUUACUUUGCAAGGAACUUUUUAACAUCUGUAGGUGUGGUCUUCAGAACUAUUAUUACAAUAAUAUUGCUUAUGUUUAGAGCCCUUUGAUGAAUAUUCAAACAACCAUAUUUAAGGAAAAAAAGCACAUGAAAUAAAUAUUGCUGUAAAAACA